CACCUUCAACCCAGCAAACCAUGAACAAGCCCCCAUGGCGAAGACAACAAACAUCCCCGACCACUGGCUCUGGCUCGGCAUAGGCGUCCUCACCUUCAUCGCCGUACAGCAAGUCUCCUCAGGCCUACAACAUGUGCGCAGCCUCACAGCAAUCCGCAACCCACAGAACCUUGCGUCGCCGCGGGGCGCUCCACCCGCGAGCCCGCACGAGCCGACACACCAGGAAGACGCCAUCAAGACAUCGUCGCUGCUGACGCUCGCAACCAGCCACAACAGCGACAUCCGCGCGUCGGCCACCAAGAUCCUGUGCACGCGCUUCUACGCCUCGAAGACGGCAAAGGAUCUGCUCAUCAAGGAUCUGUACAGCAAGGACGACGAGGUCGUGCAUCGCGCCCAGCUGGCGUUCAACCUGCUGUGCGACAUGGGCGUCUGGCGCGACUCGUCGCUUGCGCCCCAGACACCCAGGGGCGGGUGGCGCUUGAUGGAGAGCCGUGGCCAUGUUGGCGGCGCGGGCGGCUCGGAGCGCGAAGUGCGGCGGCGGAGAAGAGAGGCCAUGGUGAUUAGUGACGGCGAUGGCGACGGCGGCAUAGGCGGAGGAGAUGUAUUCAUGAGCGACCAAGAGGGGCAGGGACGCCACGACGAGCUCAACUUCGACUUCAUUUUCAACGACUGAUGAGCUUGUUGGUUAUUCUUUGUAGAGAGGCCACGCAUUAUGUAUGAUACCCCCCCAACGCGUGAAAGCGACACAUGCAAUUGAACCC